AUGGAACAACAAGUACCAGCUGCCAAGUACUCACUCCGUGGUGAGUUAAAGGGACACAACGGUCAAGUCACCGCCAUUGCCGUCUCAUCUGAACACCCAGAUACCAUCCUUUCAUCAUCCCGUGAUCACACCGUCAUGGUCUGGAAGUUGGUUCGUGAACAAGACAACUAUGGUUACCCAUUGCGUUCACUCCACGGUCACUCUCACUUUGUCCAAGAUGUCGUCAUCUCACACGACGGUCAAUUUGCCCUCUCUGGUUCAUGGGAUGGUACCCUCCGUCUCUGGGACAUCAACUCUGGUCUCACCACCCGUCGUUUCCAAGGACACACCAAGGAUGUCAUGUCUGUCUGUUUCUCAUUUGACCACCGUCAAAUUAUCUCUGGUUCCCGUGACAAGAGAAUUUGCGUCUGGAACACCAUCGGUGAGCUCAAGUACGACUUGUCUGAGAAGCAAAACCAAAGCCACACUGAAUGGGUAUCUUGCGUCCGUUACUCACCAAACGAACAAAUCGUCGUCUCUGGUGGUUGGGACAAGAACGUCAAGGUUUGGGACAUGAAGACCUACACCUGCAAGUUCACCCUCGAAGGUCACACUGGUUACAUUAACACCGUCACGAUCUCCCCAGAUGGUUCAUUGUGUGCCUCUGGUGGCAAGGACCAAAUGGCUUGUCUCUGGGAACUCCAAAAGGGUCAACCAUUGUACAAGUUGGAUGCCCGUGGUACCAUCAAUGCCCUCGCUUUCUCACCAAACAAGUAUUGGUUGUGUGCUGCCACUGAUGACAAGAUCCUCAUCUGGGAUCUCCUCUCCAAGUCCAUCCUCCUCGAAAUCGUUCUUCCAAAGAAGUCUGCCAACCCAGAAGCCAAGAAGAGAGAGACCAAGCCAGCUUCAUGUAUCUCCCUCGCCUGGGCUCCAGAUGGUACUACCCUCUAUGCCGGUUACACUGAUAACAUCAUCCGUGUUUACAACAUCACCUGUUAA